AUGGCCGACCUGGAGCCAGCAGCCAAGCGAUGCCGCCGCGAGAUCCCCUUCAGCCUGCAGGAGUUGCAGAAGGAGAUCGCGGAGUUGAGAGCCAAUCCUCCCCCCUAUGUCAGUGACAUUGGACAGCUCACGACACCGUCCCUGAUCUGCGACGAGCACGGGCAGUUGAAGAAGCCCGAAGCGCCGGAGAAGACCGGGCCUUGGGAUUUGCUGCUCUGUGUCUCGGGCGCAGAGGGCGAUGAAGCCUACGGCACGCCCUGCCGGGUGAACUUGCGCUUCGACCCAGACCUUUGGCCUGCCAAGCUGCCCCUGGUGCGCUUCAGAGGUGUGUUUCAUCAUGCCCUGACGGAUGACAACGGAGCAAUGCUGAUGCCAUUCUACCGCGCACUGCCGAGGGAUGAGCGAGACGCCUGCACAUUGCGUCUCACAGUUCAGGCCAUCCACAACUUCCUUGUCGAGCCCUUUGCUUCAUGGAAGCUGCCGGCAGAGCGUCUCCCGGAGAAGUUCCAGCGAUCUCUAGACAUCCACCGGAAGAUGAAUGCAGAGCGUUUGGAGAUCAUUCGCAAGUACAGACCGCAGGCGCUUCAUGCAGACCUAUUUCGCGGAAAGUGGAAGGAUGAGUGGCUAGAGCCAGCCUUCGUCCAGGCCAGGAAGCAGAACAGCCCGGAGGCCUGGCGACAGCUGGUCGCCGAGCACAUGCCCGGAGUGUACUCCUUCAAGCUCAUCACAGACGCCUUCUGCGACAUGUUCCUGGAGGAGGUCUUCAACUUCUACCAGAGUGGCUUGCCCGCCAGGCGGCCGAACAGUAUGAAUGCCUACGGCAUCAUCCUGAACGACAUUGGCAUGGAGCCGCUCAUUGACGAGUUGCAGCGCAUGCUGCAGCCGCUGGGCGAUCUCUUCUUCCCGGGGCCCGGCAACUGCUGGGACGGGCAUCAUUGCUUUAUUGUGCGGUACCGCUCCGGCGAGGACCUGGGCCUGGACAUGCACACCGACGACUCGGACGUGACCUUCAACCUCUGCCUGGGUUUGGACUUCGCCGGGGCGGGGUUGCAGUUCUGCGGCAUGACGGGGGCGACGGACCACCGGAAGCACCAGAUGUGCUACAAGCAUCGCAAGGGCCACUGUGUUUUCCACUUGGGACGGAGACGUCACGGAGCAGAUGACAUCACGUCAGGAGAGCGCUUGAACCUGAUCCUCUGGAACCACUCCAGUACGUACAGAACGAGUGACGAAUCGGAGGCUCCGGAGUACAAUGCCGAAUCAGGCCCUCCUGAUGCGGUAUGUGUCAGCUACACCCAUGACCGCGACUUCGGCAACUUCAAGGAGUACCCCAAGGGCAAGGAGCACUUCCGGGGCCGCGGCUGGUGCCCGCGGAAGCGCUUGGAGUACCCAGGAUUUGAGCCCGAUUGCGAGAGCGAGGAAGAGGACGGACACACCUGA